AUGUCAAGGCCAGGAGCCAACUCAGACGGUGGUGGUGCGAGGCACGACGCUUUCUCAUCGAACAGUGAUGACACCGCACCACCACUGAGCAAUGAAAUGACUGUUGAGCCACGUUUUGUUCAUCCUGAGGCGAAAGAGUUCUUCUCAAACAAGGGUUUUCUGCGAUACAUUCCCUUGUUUGGGGAGGCAGUGGAGGGAUAUGGUCCUCGACCAGUCAUCUCCAUUGCUAUGUCGUACUUCAUGUGCAAGGGUGUAUCUCAUUAUUUAAUUCGUUUAUCUCUCUUUGCAAUGUUAACACGCCGCUACGGGUUGGAUGGCACAACUUAUCAGCGUCUUGAAACUGUGGUUGCCUUGGGUUGGUCUAUUAAGCCCCUUGCAGCUAUUGCAAGUGAUAUGUUUGCAUUUUUUGGUUAUUCCAAACGAUGGUACAUGUUUGCUGCUUGUAUUAUUGGCGCCCCACUUUCUCUUACCUACGGACUUAUGCCUGCAGUCGCCUCGAGUGGUCAGAUUGUUGCAGCUCUGCUAUUUUUUAACUGCUUCACUAAGGCUGUGGUGGACAUUUUACUGGAAGGGCACUACAGCCGAAUGUUACGCCGUGUCCCUGGCCCUGGUCCAGCACUCGUUAGUUGGAUUUGGUGCUUUAUCAUGGCCGGCUCACUUGUGGCCACGGUGAUCGUGGGUCCUUUGGGUGAUGCCGGAUACCCGCAAGUUGCCGCGUUCAUCGCAGCCGGUUUUCAGCUC